GUUGUAGAGUAAGAUAUUUUAACAAGUACCUACCUAUGUAAUCUUAUCUAAGUAAUCUCACUAAUCUGUGGAAAAAUAUUAAACUUUUGCGGCAAUGUUUUGUUUUCAAAUAAUGAAUGAAAGAUGUAAAUUAAAAUGUUUGUCCUAGCAGAAAUGAAAGAUGUAGUACGGGUUACACCUGAACAUUUUCACCAAAGUUUAACUGAAUCUAUAACAACCUUACUAAACAGAAAACUUGCUAACAAGGUAGUACUCAAUGUAGGACUCUGUAUAGCAUUAUUCGAUAUAACAUGUAUUGGGCAUUCCUAUAUAUUUCCUGGUGAUGGAUCAUCACAUACUGAAGUUAAAUUUAGGUACAUAGUAUUUAGGCCUCUGGUAGAAGAAAUUUUAAUAGGAAAGAUUAGGACCUGCAGCAGGGAAGGUGUACAUGUAACAAUGGGUUUCUUUGAUGAUAUUUUAAUACCUGUGAAUGCACUGCAACAUCCAUCUAGGUUUGAUGAGACAGACCAAGCAUGGGUAUGGGAGUACCCAAAAGAAGACGGUGAAAAACAUGAUUUGUUUAUGGAUUCAGGCGAAUCAAUAAGGUUUAGGGUCACAAGUGAGUCUUUUGAAGAGAGUUUACCAACUGGCCCUCCCGGCACCGAGUGCCCAGUACAAACAGUAGCUCCAUAUAGACUUGUAGGAGGAAUUAAUGAACCAGGCCUUGGUUUGCUGACGUGGUGGGAAACACCGGAGCAAGAUGAUGAUGAUGAUGGCGAUGGAAAUGAGGAACAGGAAAAUGAUGAAUAAAAUACUUAUACUAUUUUGCU